GUUGCUUGAUCACAUCGCGGGGAGGCAACACCAUGUCGAUGAUCGAUAGCAGCGAUUAUCGAUUCAAAGCCUUGGACAGUUUCGUGGCGCCGCGCCCGGGGGCGUGUGGAGACGACGACGACGACGUUGGGCCUCCCGAUCUCGCGCCCGCCGCAUCUCUCGCGCUGAUCUCUUCUUCUUCCCGAUUUCGCGGAGCUAGGAUCACUGGAAAUCAUCCUGGGUCGCCUCUGAUCGCCGCCGGAGCAGCAGCAUUGCUGCAAGGAUUCAUCAUCUCGGAUGAUUCCGAGCCAAUGCCCGAGAUCAUUUAUGUCAAGGCGAAGGACCCGAAGGUUUGAAGCGAUCGAAAGAACCAAAUCAAUUUUGCUACUCCUGAUCUUGCCAUGGAAUAUGCUCAUCUAUAUGCUAUACAGACAUCGAAACGGUGUACCGUCAGAUUAUAUGAUAUUAUCGUUUCUGCUAUAGCCUAUGGCUUCUUGUAUGUCAAGUGUUGCAGUACUGCAAUUCACGAGCCACAUUUUUACAACCAUCAAAGAAACGAGUUGCUAAGUA